AUGUCUUUCUUCAAGAAGCUCACCAAGGAGUUUGAGGACCUCAAGACCUCUUUUUCCGAUGACAAGAAGGACGAGAAGAAGCCCGAAGAGUCACCCGCUCCUCAGCACCAGUCCAGUGAUACUCGCAGCUACUACCCCUCUCAGGCUGCACAGCCCCAACAUACCGAUUCCGGCUACAGCAACGGCCACGGCAGCUACGCCCCGAACCCCGCUUCCGAGUCCCAGCCCUCCCCCGCUCCGGCUCCCGACGGCCCACCUCCCAUGGCUGCGCCCUCCGUGCCUCCCGGCUGGGUUGCCCAGUGGAACGCCCAGUACCAGCGUUGGUUUUACGUUGACCACAAUACGGGCCGCUCGCAAUGGGAGCACCCUGCUCCGCCUCCGCCUUCAGCACCUCCGGUUGGCCCCCGCCCAGGCGAAGAGCAUUCCAGCACUAGAGCGUUCGGUUCUCCCGCCCCUGGUGGUCACGGUGGUAGCUACUACGGGCAGCAGCCUACCCCCGGCUCGGGCUACGAUUCCCCGGCCCCUGGAGGUUAUGGAGCUCCUUCUCCUUACGGCCAACCAGGCGGCUAUGGAGCCCCUUCGCCCUAUGGUCAGCCCAGUUACGGCCAGCCUGGUUACGGCCAGCCCGGUCACGACCAGUCUCGUGCCUACGGGAGCGACCCCUACAAUGGUCACGGCACCGAGCAAAAGAAGAGUAGCAGUGGCAUGCUCCUAGGUGCAGCCGGUGGACUCGCUGUCGGCGCCGUCGGCGGUGCUCUGAUUGCUAAUGCCAUGAAUGACUCGGAUGACGAGGCUCAACAGCAGCAGGCUGCUGCGGCCGCCGCGCCCCCUCCGGAGCAAGCCUACUACGCCCCGCCUCCCGAGCAGAACUACUACGCACCGCCCCCUCAGGCUGAUGAGCCCGCCUUUGAGGACGGCCCUCCCCCUGUUCUUGGCGCCACGGAUGCCGACGGAAACUCUGUCGAUUCUAGUGAUCGCGAGGAGGUUGCUGAUGCCCGUGCCGAGUAUGAAGAGGCUCUGGCCGCCGCCGCCGACUCGGACGCCAGUAGCAGCGAUCAUGAGGCUGCUGAGGAGGCACGUGAGGCUUAUGAGGAGGCUUACGAGGAACAUUACGGUGGUGAUGAAGAUGACUGA